UCACUUGUCAUUCAAAUGACAAUUUAGAGAAAUUAAUAUUUCAUUUUAGACAUAUUAUCUUGUUAGUAAAAUGGGUUGUGACGGAGGUACUAUUCCGAGAAGAGACGAACUCGUUAGAGUUAAAAAGAAGCCAGAAACAAAGGAUAAAGAUGCCGAACUUGCUUUUAAAUGGAAAUGUUGUGCUAUUACUCAAGAAUCCUUACAAGAGCCGAUUGUCGUGUGCCAUUUGGGGAAAUUAUACAAUAAGACGUCUCUAAUUGAAGCUUUACUAGACAGACGAACUAUAUCCGAAUCCAUUAAACAUAUAAAGAAUUUGAAAGAUGUAAAAGAUUUGAAACUUACUCCGAAUCCAGAGUUUUUAAAACAAGAAAGUAAGAAAGAGGGAUCGUUAGAUGAUCGAGUGACUCCGUAUAUUUGUCCCGUAUUGGGACUGGAAAUGAGUGGAAAAUUUAGGUUUGUAGCAGUUUGGUCGUGUGGUUGCGUGUUUUCAGAACGUGCUUUAAAAGAAAUCGGCACUAAAAAUUGUCAUAAAUGCACCAAACCAUUCGAAGACGAUGACAUCGUUGUAAUAAAUGGAAACGAUGAAGAUUUGGAAUUAAUGAAAUCUAGAAUGGAAAAGAGACGUCAAAAUCAGAAGAAAAACAAAGUAAAAAAAAUCAAACAAGAAGUUCCAGAAAGUACAAACAUAGAAACGAUAACCGCAGAUAAUAAAAGUGUUAAAAGAAAUCCUGGUCCGUCUACAAUCGAAAAUUCAUCGAAGAAACUUAAAGUUCAGGAUAAUUUAUCUCAUUCCAAGAUUGGUAAUAUGAUAUCGGUUGGGAAAGUGACAAAAGCUGAGGAAUUGAGGAAAAUCAAACCUGAUUAUAGUGUGGCUAAAGACAAACAAGUUUCUAAUGUAUAUAAAUCUUUAUUCACCAGUCAUCAAUCAGAAAAAGAGCAGGAUAGAGCUCAUUGGGUCACUUAUAAUCCAUUUUAUAAUUAAUAAAUAAGUUUUCUUGAUAUGUAA